AUGUGUGAUAAUGAAACACUAGUUAGGGAAGAAUCCCAUCACAUUAAACUUUGUGCCAACUUGUACUGCUAUUUCCUCAACCAAGAGAUGGUAGAUACUACCCUCGUCUUGAAAGACGGUAAAAUAAAAGCUCAUGCUAUAGUUCUGAGUUCAGGAAGUAGAUAUUUCUGGAAUAUCCUGAGCACCAAUGAAGCGAAACAUGAAGAAAGUAUCAUUCUUGAGAGUACAUCAAAAAAGAUCAUGGAAUACUUGCUAGAGUUCCUGUACAAUGGUCAGGUUGAUGUACCUGAUAGCGAAUUGGAAGAGGUCCUAGAUGCCUCUAAACUGUAUGAUGUGAGGGGUAUUAUCAGGAGUAUGAGGAAAUCAAAUUCAUCCCAUCAAAUAUUGGAAGAACAAGGAACUGAUGAUGAUGAUGGAAAUGUUGAACUAUCACCUAUACCUUCAACAUCACCAAGAUAUUCCAGGAGUAUUGUGAAUACUUCUAGCUCGACUUCUAGUGAAGAAAAAGAAACUGAUGAUGGAAAUGUUGAAUUAUCACCUAUACCUUCAACAUCAACAAGAUAUUCCAGGAGUAUUGUGAAUAUUUCUAGCUCGACUUCUAGUGAGAGUGACAUAUCUACAAUAAGUCAUGAUGAGUCUUCAACUGAAGAGGACAGACUCUUAUCACCUAGGAGAAGAAAUACAACUAGGAUGAUGGCCAGUGCAAGUAUUUUUUGA